GUUAUACUGUGUUGAGAAAGGAAGUAUUGAACUGCUUGCCAGAGCCAUGGCUCAGAUCAUCAGGACAGCUGGCGGAACUCAGUGAAACUUCACCGCAAGCGAAACAGGACACUUUGCUCGGAAUGGUAUUUGUGAAAUUUUGUUUAGUCGUUUCAGCUUUUUCUAGCAGCAAGUCCACAUUCUGCUUCCCUUGACUUGCCUUUGCAUGAUCGCCUGUUACGCUCCCGCUUUCAGUGUUCCCACGUAGCGGAACGAAGUGGAUAUCAGGCAAAACAGCAUGGUGAAUCGUUGGCUGCGCUUCCUUUCAGCGAUGUCGACAGCGGUCGUGCUGCUUCGGUUGGGCGCCGUGCGGGGCUUGGACAGUCGGCCCCACCACGGGGACCAGGACGUGCAGUUUGAGGUUGUAACGUUUCGAGGCCAGCGCGUGGCCGUGCCGCUGGGUGAGCCGCUGGGCAAGCAGCUGUACGCCUGCGCUGCACUGGAUGCGCUGUUCAAGAGCAGCCGCGGCUGUGAUGGGGUGGCUUGCUCCGUGAUGGUGGAGCUGGGCGGCGUGGGGCUGUGCGCCUUCGGCCUGCUCAAGGAGCCGCACCACGCGGGCCGUGCCUUCCACGUGCAGGCGCAGUGGAGACGCCUGGCCAACAUCUCACACGUCAUGGCGGGCAACCCAGCCAACGUCAUCCUGCCGGGCUCGGGGAUACCAUGGCCAGCGGGUGGCCCCGGACCCAGCCUGCACCAAGCCGCGGCCAGACUGGUGGGGGCGCUGACGCCAGUCGCCGGCGCCGCAGCUGCGACAGACGUGGUGGUGAAGGUCGAUAUGUGUGUAGGGUGUCACUCCUGGCUGCAUACGCUGCUGCCGGUGCUGGCCACCAAGCGCGUGGGAGCGGUUGUGUUGAUGUUCCCGGAACGGCUGACUGAGGGGCUGCUCACAGAGGCCAACUCACUGGUGGCCACCGCGGCCAUGUUCGGGCUGAAGGCCUUCCUGGGUGGCUUUGAUGGCCCGCCCUACCACGACCGCUUCCACGACCCAGCCGCCUCCACAGCUGCCCCCGGGCCAUCGGGUGUGUUCAUAGCUCGGGAGCGUGCACCGCCGCCAACGCUGCACGCCUUCACGCCGCUGCACGUGGCGGACCAGAGCCGGCAUCAGGCCCUAGUGAACCUGCUGUGCCACUAUCUGCUGGACACAGCGGCCAGCAGCAACUUCACGGUGCACGUGGCGGGCCUGCGUGUGGGCGCGGGCGGCCUGAGCUCCAACCCGCACCCCACCGCCUUCAAGCUACCCAUCAUCCUUUCGCGUGUGGCGGCGCUACCCCCUACUGACCUGGUCAUGUCCAUGGACGCAUUCGACAGCAUCGUGCAGGUGUCCACGGACACGCUAAUGCAGCGCUACUGGGCUGCUGGUGCUCCCGUGUUCGUGGCCUCCACCGAAGCCAACUGCUGGCCGCCCGAGAUCGGGCCCUGGUGCGAGUCCAUGGGCCUGCGCGCGCCGCCGCGCUUCCCCAACAAGUGGGUGAACUCGGGUGGCUACAUUGGGCGCGCGGGCGUGGUGGCCAAGUGGCUGCAGGACACCGUGGCGCACCUGAACAACGCCAACCAGCCCGACAGCUGGCUGCCGGCCAGCUGCCACGUGUCCAAGGACGACCAGGGGCUUCUGGGCUGCCCCUUCAUCUUCGGCAACCGCUACGACCUGGGUCUGGACUACGAAAGCAACUUUUUCUACUCGCUCAUGUGGAUGCGAGAGCCGCUGUCACAGGUGUCCAACCUGCGCUGGCAGUACAACUGGUCCAGCGUGGUGCCGGGCGUCAUCCACGCCAACGGGGACGCCAAGGAGAAGUACCUGGCGGGGCUGAGGGACGGCAUGCUGCCCCCAGGGUACACCUCUGACCCCGCCUUCCCAGUCAUUGUGGACGGCGAGAAGACCACGUACGGAGCGCUCUGCGGCACUGGAGCCCAGCAGGGGUAGUCAACGUGCCCUGCUCCAGUGCAGUCUCCAUGAAUUUGUACAUGUAAACUACUAAACUCAUGAUACCGGGCAUAGUCGAUGCCGAAGUAUGCAUGUGCAGGAAUGCGGAAACCUUGAAUCCUUCAGUGGCACACUGCAGCGCACAGUUUGCGUGUGUGGAUUAGAGAGGGUAGCACAGGACGCGUUCAAGGAGACGCACAGCCAAGAAGCGGCGACGUGCGCAUGAAGUGUCGUGUCCGUUCCGGUUCAAGGUGGUGAAGCUGGCCGGAAAUAGUCUGCGGUCAAGCGGCAGAGCAUCAGGUAGAUGGCAGGAGUGAGGGGUCGUAAGUAGGCCAUUAGAGGGUAGAAGCGGCGUGUGUACAAGCGUUUACUACAGUGUUACAGCCGUUUCUCGCGUGCGUAGAUGAUGCGAUCCAUGUCAAGGGAUUGUACCGCAUGUGGGGCUACCUCGCUGCCUAGUCCUAUGCGGCCGGGGACUUAAAGAAUGACGACUAUGAACUACAAUAUGAAUGAACUGCGCAAUGCAGAAGGCAAGAGUACGUCAUGUGGCUGCUGGUAGGUUCGUUUCCUUGAAGCAUCUUCAAUAACAGGUGUUGCUAAAACUCUGGGCCAUUUACUCAGAUUUAUUGACUGCAUGGUUGGUUGCGGGAGGGCCACCGGCAGCAAUGCAUGAAGCACGUGUCCGCUCAGGGGGGAGAAAACAAAUUGCCAGACCCCCGCUCUGGUCUACGUACAAACUAGUUCCG